AUGACGAUCACCUACAGCUGCAUUGCUAAUGGCCGAACGGUGCUAGCGGAGCUGGCCCUGACUGGCGGCUCCUAUCAGGAAGCCACCGCAAAAGUGCUCAGGCUGGUGCUGCUUAGAGCUGAGCCAAGGACCAUCAUGCGGAUGGGAAGCUAUAUCUACCAUACUCUCUUUAUUGAUGGAAUCACUUACUUAUGUGCUACAGAUAAUGCAUUGGAUACUGUGGCACCAUCUGCAUUUCUUAAAAAUGUUAGUGACACUUUAACAAGAAAUCCUUUGAUGUCACAAGAACAGUUUUCUCCUUCAACUGCAAUUACUGCAGAUUUUCAACAAGUUUUAGGAAAGUAUAUGAUGAAGUAUAAUAAAAAUCAAAGUGACUGCAUGAUUUCCACAAUGAGGAGUCAAGUGACUGAUGUAAAAAAUGUUUUGACACAAAAUAUUGAAACAAUUUUGGAAAAAGAAGAAAAACCGAAUAUCUACCUUGAUAGUACAGAUGAUCUCCAAACACCUGUUGAAGAAUUCCCAAAAACAAGGAAGAUUCCUAGAGGGAUAUCAUGGAAACACUUCAAAAAGAUCCUAAUUAUCACUGUGGCAAUUCUCCUUUCGAUCCUUAUCAUUCUUUUAAGUACAAAUGUAAUACCAACUUGACCCCCCUUAUCCCCAUCCUCAACAGGUGUCAAUAAAUGGU